AUGAAAUCAUCAGCACAAACAUGGGAACAUAAUCCUUUAUUUCGCAUCAUUGCGUUCCUGGAUAAUACAGGUGUGCAGCUAUUUAACCUAACUGAUGAAAUGGAUUUGCAUGGUAACUUUGUGCACCCAGAAAAAAUAUUCGCAUCGAGUACGCCUAUCUACGCUAUCCUUGUAGCAGGACUGGCUGCGCUGCGUGGGAACGUUCGGGCAUUCUUUGCAGAUAUUGAGGAGCAAAUGUCCCUACUUCAAGUGAUGGGAACGGGUGAUAACGAACUUGCCGCAAACAACGCCAUUGUCAAUAAUAUAGGCGGAAAGGUUGAUAAGGGGUCUGAAUCAGACAUGUCGCAUGUGGUUGUUAUGUCGGAGGCGUUUUCAUCUCUACCCUUCCACACAGAGUGGAGUGCCAAGUUAUUGCAGCCAAAAUCUUUCAAUGAUUUCAUUGAUGUAUUUGAAAGCGGAUUCCCCCUUCCGCAACUUUUUCGGAUAAAAGAGGCCUUCGGUUUGCUCCGUAGUUCGGACCCUGUUUCUGCAACGCCAUACCCGCUGGUCGAGCAAUUCCUCAUUGACGCCCUGGAUCGUUGGAUUCCACAGCGGUCGGUGGCUGAAAAUGACAACAUGGUAUUGGCUUGUGGAGUUGAACCCUCAAUUGUGGCGGAUAUCCGGGGGAAGGGGGAUCAGACUCCACUUGCAUUCGUAGACUUUGUAGUAGAUGUUGUUUUCCCGGUGCUGCCGACAGGUGCGCACGUUGAUGAGGUUCUGCAGGAUUGGUUAAUUCUUUCGUAUAUAAAAAAUCACGAGUCGGUGGAUGUUGACACUGAGAAGAUAUCUUCAGAUAGUGAGACAAACGAAAUGGGCCUUACCGAAGGAAACAUGCUAAAGGAUGAACGUCAUGAGUCCAUUCGUCAAUUUGAGACGAGCGGUCCUUGUGGAUGGAAUCCAGACGACGCAGAUGUUUAUAUUAGUGAAGCCAACCUCGAGCAGUUCAUGCGAGAGAAACCUUCUCUUGUACCCCACGAAAUUUUAGUGAAAAUACGUAAACCUUGGCAGGACACCAACAUCACCACGUUUGAGCUUGAGCAUCACUACACCAUAACCGAAUUACGAGCCAUUGUGAAGAAAGUUGCAGGGCUUUCCCAGGGCUCACCAGACGAGCUUAAAGCGUUUGAAUCCGACCUUCAGCAUCCUGUUCCUCCACAGUUGCUGAAGGAGGCUGCGGCCGCAAAUAAUAAGGCAUCCUACGUGCGUAUACUGAUGGCACUCCACUCCCCUUCAUACACCGGGCAGCAAUUUUUAGAUGAAAACACCUGUGAUGCCUUGGACGUCAUCUCUCAGGGCUACGAAAAGGCUAAAUCUAAGAAGGAAAUUUUGUCGAGUACAGACGCAGAAUGUAUGCAAGAGGAGGAGUUCAGUAUUGAGGAUCCGUCUCUAAGUAGUACGCGGCUAAUUCGUCAUUUUAAGCUACAAGAACUAAAAGAUUAUGUGGUAAAUGUGCUUAUGGAACCGGAUGUUGUAAGGACCAAAAAACAGUACGCUAAUCUUAUUGUUAAGAAGCGUCGAAGGUGUGAAUGA